AUGGGCGAGGAGGCGAGGGCGAUGCGCGCGAAGCGCCCGGCGCCGGAUCUCCCGGCGGAUGCAGCAACCCGGUAUGCCAUCACCUUCGGCGAAGCGGCGGUACUGCACAUAGGUGGCGAGGAGGUGGGCGCGAGGGCCUCCGCGGGCUUCUCUGUAGCCGAGCUCCAAGAGCUCGCGGAGCAGCUGUCUGCACAGGGUGUGGUGACUGAGAUGGUCUCGCUGAGCGACGCGCUUCCCAAAAAGAUGCGCAAGGGGAACGAGGCCGCCACACUGGUCAUCCGCAACGGCGCGGCGGUGCUCCUCCAACAAGAGGAGGCAGCUGCACACCUGCUUCGCGAACAGCAGGGGUUGCGAUACGACUCCAAGUACUGGGACGGGCGCCGUGGGAAGACGCUGACGAAGCGAGCCUUGGAAGUGAAAGGCCUGCAAGGCGUGAUUGAUGAGCAUCCAAUUCGCAUCAGUUCUCCAAGGGCCCGGCACAACCUCGUUUUCGGCGAGGAGGCCGCGACGCCAACCGAGGUACACAGCAGCUUGGAUGGCAGCGAUCACAGCAUCACCGUACGCGCUUUUCGAGACCUCCCCCACUUGGCAGAUUUCCGUGCAGCUUUGCCUGCAAGGCCUGGGAAAUUCGAUAGAGAACGAUUGAGGUUGGGCGAGAAGGCGCGCGGUCUGUUUGCAGAAGGCAACCACUGUCCCUUGGAUGAUCGUCGUUUGCUUGAUGCUCGGCUGAACAAGCAGACUGGCUCGGGUCGUGGAGCCAUUGCAGAUGGCGCACAGUAA